AUGCAAGAUAUUAUGAAACUUUUAUUAAAACAUCAACCACACUCUUUUGCAAAAUUAUGUCAUUGGACUGAAACAACAGAAUUAUUAUAUAAUAUAAGUCAAAAUAGAAAUCCACCACAUUUAGUAAUCCAUGGAACAAAUGGAAGUGGAAGAUAUACAUGCUGUAUGUUGUUUUUAAAAGAGAUUUAUGGAAAUGUUGUAUUAGAAUUAGGACAAGAAAAAUAUGAAAUUGAUGAAAAUCAUGAAAUAGUUUUAAAAGUAUCUCCAUUUCAUGUUGAAUUUAAUCCGUCACAAUAUGGAUUAAGAGAUAGAAUUACAUUACAAUUUAUUAUUGAUAAAAUGAAAGUUGGUUCUCAACAAAAAACACUUAUAAUUCAUGAAGCUGAUAAACUUACUAAAGAAGCUCAAUUUACUGUAAGAAGAGCAAUGGAAACAGGAAAUUGGAGAUAUAUUUUUAUCACAGAAAAUAUCUCUGCAAUGAUGAAACCUUUACGUUCAAGAUGUUUGGAUAUUAGAAUAGAACUCCCAACAUAUGACGAAUUAGAUAGAUUAAUAACUAAUAUUUGUCAACAAGAACAUACUCAUAUAACCCAAAAAGAUAAAGAAAUGAUUUUAAAUUCCAAUAAUGGUAAUUUAAGAACAACAUUAAUCACUCUCUUUGUAUAUAUUCAAACUAAACGUUUAUUUAAACCAACUUGGAAAAUAUCCUGUGAACUUAUUGUCAAAACAAUUGUUGUUACUCCAAACGUUGAAGUCAUUCAAAAAUUAAUUCGUCCUAAAUUAUGUGAGUUUAUUGAAAAUGGUCUUUCCCCUUCACUAAUACUAAAAGAAAUUUUUACCUUAUGCAUGAACUCAAACAUCGACCAAUUGUACAAACUUGGUGUUGUUGAAAUAAUUCAUAAAUUUGUUUGGCAAAAUCCAUGGAUUCACCUCGAAAAUGCAAUCACUGCUUUGAUGACUUUAUUUUCUGCUCACUAA